AGAGGAGCGUUAGCCUGGCUGGCUCUGAGUGCGAGAGGUGCUUCUGCGCAAGAACAAAAUUUGGCCAUAGGCUUUGGACGCUCGUCGUUUUGAAAAUUUCGCCUAAAAUUUUUUUAGACUGCACCUGAAAAAAAAUUAAUUUUGAUUUUGGGGGUGUCCUUGUUUCCCCUCAGCACUUACCACAUUUUGGCCCAAGUUUUGUAAGGGGAGGAGAAAAAUCCAGAAACCCUUUAUCUAAAAUUAAACCAGAAACCCAAAUUAGUUUCCAAUUUUUUGGGGUACCUGCUUCACUCACCAUGGUGAUGUUCAAGAAAAUCAAGACCUUUUCCCUCGCCUUCAGCGAGCCUGACAAAGUCUACACCAGUGGGGACAAGGUGGCCGGCCGGGUGACGGUGGAAGUGACCGAGGUCACCCGAGUUACCUCGGUCAAAGUCUUGGCCUGCGGAGUGGCCAAGGUCUUGUGGAUCAAAGGACCCCAGCAGUGCAAACAAGAGAUGGAGUAUCUGCGCUACGAGGACGUCCUGACGAUGGAAGACCAACCAGUCGAUUCAGAUGGCUCUGUGAUUCUGAGGCCAGGGAAUACCUACGAAUACAAGUUUGGAUUUGAGCUGCCCCAAGGACCUCUUGGUACUACCUUCAAGGGGAAGUAUGGCUGUGUUGAUUAUUGGGUGAAGGCUUUCCUGGAUCGCCCAUCACACCCAACUCAAGAGAUAAAGAAGCACUUUGAGGUCAUGGAUCAAAUUGACGUCAACACUCCAGACUUGAUGUCGCCUGUCUCUGCCAAGAAGGAAAAGAGAGUUUCCUGCAUGUUCAUUCCUGAUGGACACGUAUCUGUCAGUGCCAGGAUUGACCGCAAAGGGUUCUGUGAAGGUGAUGACAUUUGUAUAAAUGCUGACUUUGAGAACACUUGCUCCCGAAUUGUGGUGCCGAAGGCAGCCAUUGUCGCCAAGCAUACCUACUUGGCCAAUGGACAAACCAAGGUCUUCUCUCAGAAACUGUCCUGCGUGCGAGGCAACCACAUCGUCUCUGGCAUGUCUGAAACCUGGCGUGGCAAGACCCUCCGAGUAAAAAAAAUCAAACCAUCCAUCCUGGGCUGUAACAUCUUGCGUGUGGAGUACUUCCUACAGAUCUAUGUCAGCGUCCCUGGUUCCAAGAAGAUUAUUCUGGAGCUGCCCCUCGUCAUCGGCAGCAAGUCCUCCGGCAUUGGCAGCCGUAGUUCCAGCAUGGCCAGCCAGGCUAGUUCUGAGAUGAGCUGGAUUGACCUCAACAUCCCUGAUGCUCCAGAAGCUCCUCCCUGCUAUCUGGACAUUGUCUCUGAAGAUCACCGCCUAGAGAGUCCUACCACCCCUCUUAUAGAUGAGUUGGACAACUCCUUCGACAGCCCCAUCUUCAUGUACGCCCCAGAGUUCAAGUUCAUGCCCCCACCAACCUACACAGAGGUGGAUCCUUGCAUUGCCAACAAUAACAUCCAGUGAGCACCAGUCAAAAGAAGCAACACUGCAUGGUUGUCUUCUCCAGCGUUUUCUGGACUCUUUUUAACAGUUGCACUCGUAGAUUGCACCAGGUGGAAAGUUCCUGUUUUUUUUAAAAAAGGGAAGACUUCAUGGUGGCAGGACACUCCGCUGUCUUGCAGGAAACAUGCAGCCAUCGGCAAGGAGUAGAUUUGCAGGGCUGUCGUCCUUAAUGCCUUUGUCCAAAUAGACUUGGUAUAGGCUAAGAAUAAGUCUCUAGUCUCAGUGGUGGGUCUUGGUUUACUCCCCCUCAAAGACUUUUUAAGAACUCCUGACCCCCCCACAAACCAUCAGGUGCUGAAAUAAAACUGUUAAAAAUAAGACUUUGGGGUAGGAGCAGAUAGGAGUGUUCUUAGAGUGGGGAGCAAAUGGUGUUUUCCUGUAGAAGAAGGGGGAAAGAACAGCAGUUUAAUAGCUAUGGGGAAUAAAAGACGGAGUAACAGUAUGUGGCAUGUGCUGAAAAUGAGGGUAUCGAUAAUUUGUAUUGGUGAUCAAAAGUAUUUUGAAUCUCAUGACCAGCACCAAAGAGGGGUGCAAGGAGUUACGUCUGACAAUUUCAAUACUAAAACAAGCUUUUUUUUAUUAAAAAAAAAAGUAUUUGCUUUCUGAACAAAAAUUUUCUUUAAAAAAUUAACCUCAGGGGGCGUUUAUGAAAAUGUGUGGGGAAAGUGUUGUUAGAGUAUUUUGUAGUUGUGUUGUCUGAGAUGCUAGAUUGUGUUGUUGGUGCUAGAUGAAGAGGUGAAAGUGGGAAAAAUUAUCAGGUGGUAAAAGUGUUGUUUUUAUAGCACCAAAUACUCCAUCCAGCUGGCUGAGAGAACCGCCCCAAGUCAGAAAAACGCCAUCUUCUCGUUAAGCAGUGGAUGUUUUUCUGCACAAUCUUUUUUUGUUUUGUCAUCUAACAAGCAACUUGUAUACUGCAUACAAGUGUAGCUUUCUAAAGUGGCCAGUUUUGAAAGACUCAGAGCUGGCCAUCUAUGUAGCACUUAUUUCCUGUAUUUAUGUUUAACUUGACAACCAAGUAUGUAUGUGUGUGUGUGUGUGUAUAUAUAUAUAAACAAGCCAACAUUUUGUAAGGGAGAAGAAUCACUAUGCCUAUUUUCUUUUGUAUCUCUUGGUUUGUUUUCUCUCGUAUUAUGCGGAUAAACCAGUGUUGAUACCUGGAGGUGUGUGGGAACAGAUCAGCAGCAGCCUUUCAUAGUGCAGGGAUAAAAUUUGAGGCCUUGAUGGAGGGCAUUUUCUUUGUCUUCCUAUUGCAGUGAGAACUCUCAUGCAUUCCCUUGCUGCCUUGGUGUCAAAAGCCCAGCAAUACCUAAGUGCACUAGACCAAAGACCAGUGGUGCCAAACAGUUCUUUACUUCCAUGCAGAGCUGAUAAACACUUCGUAGCCAUAGCAGAAGGCUGACUUAAAAUCACACUGCAUGCUGUUUUAUUUCUGGGCUGCUCUUCUGCACCACCCACCUCGCUUGGUUUGUCCCCCACUGACAGAGAAAAAUGCACUUUUUCAAAAACGUAUUUGUUAAUAGCACUGCAUUUCCAAAGUGUUAAACUGAUCCCAGUCUUUGUCACCAGGCAAAGUACUGUUGUUAACAAGAUAGUGUCCAAGUGAUGGUUGGACACAAAGUUGGUGUACUGAUUGUUUUUUUCUACUGUGGAUUUGUUUCCUGUGUUUUUUUUUUUGCUUUUUGUAUGGAUUUGAAAAUUUAAUUAUAUUUUGUACUGUUACCAUUCUACUGAAAGCCCCUUUUGGGGUACCAUUUUUAAUAAAGUUUUUCAAAAUUUAAAA